ACUACAAUACUAGACUUAUCUAAAAGUGUCACAGUUUAGCAGGAGCGCCUCCAAUUCGCUGGCGUCCUGUCCCUCUGAUGCAAUCAGGAGACUACAGACUCAAACCAAAAGAACCGAGGAGCUAUAUUCCCACUAAGAGGAGUCUAGGAGUGACAGCGGAGGAGGUUAUUUAGGUACACCAGAAGUGUUUCCUGACUUUGAUGCGACCCGAGUGUGCCUGGAGCAUGUCCACAGUGGGUCUGACUGCCCAGGAGAUCUCUUUUCCCAUAGAAAACCCCUUCCUGAGGGGCAGCUACUGUCACAGCAUGGCUGGAUCCAAACCCUCCUGGAGCUACUGCCAUGAGCUGGACAACUUCUACUUCAGUAUGGACACUGCACACUCAGACCACAGCUCUCGUGCCCAGCAUAAGGGGCCACCUCCACCAUCUAUAAGUUAUGAAAGACACAAACACAGUCCCAGCUCACAGAGAUUACCUCCAAAGAAAUCCCGGCCCCCUCAUCUCUCCCUGUCCUGCAGCGCUGAACCAUCCACCCCAAGUCCCGCUGAUGACGACCAGGUGGUCCCAUCAUUCCAGAGGCUCUCGGUGUACGAGUGCAGCAGUCCGCCACAGACACCAGGCAGAUGCUCCAAGCCUCUGCCCCCCAUCCCUCCACAGACGGACAUCUCCCCUGAGCAGGCUAUGGACAGUGAGGUAGAAUUUUUCACGAGUUCAGACGACAGCCGCUGCCUGGUGUCUGAUCAGUGUUCCAAAUCGUCGCCUUUUCGAUAUGGAGUCCCCAGUCGAAGGAGCUUCAGGGACUGCGGGCAGAUUAACUAUGCUUACUAUGAUGGGCCGUUACAAAGCCCGAGGCAGCCCCCACAGCAGCAACAGGCACAUCCUCCACAGGAAGUGCGGGAACACUAUGAGCAGCAGCGGCACGAACCACCCGAGCCGGUGGUUUGUCAGAGACAGCAGGAAAAAGCUCAGAGGAGGCUGCGGCGCUCGCACUCCGGCCCAGCUGGAUCCUUACACAAGCCAUCACUGCUGCGCCUCACGUGCCACAAACGCCACACCCAAAGUAUGGAUAAGCCCGAGGUGCCACCCCCUAUUCCUCCGCGAACGAUCAAGACAGGAGACUACCGCCGCUGGUCAGCAGAGGUCUCGUCAGGGGCUUACAGCGACGACGACAAACCGCCCAAGGUGCCCCCAAGGGAACCUUUGUCCAGAGGCAGCUCCCGCACCCCCAGCCCCAAGAGCCUCCCAACAUACGUUAACGGAGUGAUGCCCCCAACCCAAAGCUUUGCACCAGACCCUAAGUACGUAAGCUGUCGGGGUUUACAGAGACAGAACAGCGAGGGCUCCCCCUGCAUCCUCCCUGUCAUGGAGAAUGGCAAGAAAGCCAGCACCACACAUUACUAUCUCCUGCCUCAGCGGCCCGCUUUUGUGGACUCACCUUGUGUGGAGAGAUUUCUCCGAGUCAUGGACAGCCCUGCAGCUCGCAAUACAGAUGUAUCGGACUCAGACUGGGACUGUCACACCAGGAGGAAAGCACAUGUGGAUUUAGUUUGAGAAGUUUUAGUGGAAGUAGCAGAGGACUCUACUGUACAUGAGCAAAAACCACUUGAAAGAAUGGUGAUACUGGACGCUAGUGACCCCCAAACUGCUGCUUUUACUUUUUUUUAACCCCUAUGUAUUCUGAACACACAGGGUAUGUGCGCACUGUAUUCAGUUACUGGUAAUGUUGGAAUAGCUAUCACAUCCGAGAUACUUUAUGUAAAAACUGUGUCUCUGAUUAUAGAUCAUGGGCGAGAUUCAACAUGGUAGAGCUUAUUUUUGAUAUGAUAUUUCAUGACAUUCAACAUUGUGCUGUUUUUGCUGACGGCGUGGUACAGUCAGAAGGUACAAGCGGGCCUUGAACCUCAUGCGCUCAGUGUUUUCUGUGUCCCGAAGGUUGAGGAUUUUUUUUUUUUUUUUUUUUUGUGAGAUGCAUCAACGCUGCUUUUGUAUCUCACAAAGGACAAAAGGUCAGUAAUGUAACCAUGUAUCACUUAAUAUAUGAAGUUUAAACACAAGGCCAAUUAAUUGUUUUAACGAAAUGAAGGAUGCUAGCACACAAAUCUCUUUACUGUUUGCUAUGAUGUGUAUAUGAACACUGAUAUGGUUUCCCUGCCUUGAUGAAGUUUCAGUCUUACUCAGGCCACUGUAUCUGUGUAAAUUUAAUGUUUCCCACAUGGUACAUUUUGUACCUUGAGGUGGGUACAUUACUGGUAGCUACGCAUGUUUCCAUUGGAAUGUCUAGUGCAGCUUAUGUGGUGUAGUUGAUGAGUGUGUCUGUGUGUAUGUGCGUGGACGUGUUUGUGCAUUCGUGCAUGUGAACAGCAGUUGGAAAAGUGUUCUGUGAGACUUUAUAAACAUGACUUUCUACAAUUGGUAGACGACUGUCGACCAUACUUGUUACUGUGCUCUGCUUAUUUUGCAGCGCUGGCUCUUAGUGAUUGCUUUCUUUCAGUGUACAGGUCUGUUUUGUUGCACAGAAACUGGCCUGUCGAUCAUUACGUGAAUGUAUGCUAUAUUCUUACUGAAAUUCCAUCAAACAGUCAGAGGAGCUUAUUUUUGGUCAAGCUGUGAGUCGUUGCUUGGAACUAAUUUGCCUCAAGUACUACCUCCCUUUUGAUAUUAACCUCUAUAUCUGACAUACCCCCCAUUAAUAAAGGCAAAAUCUGAAACGGUAAAAGAUGAGACAACCAGCUCCAUUUGUGACCUGACACGAAGAUUUAGGACGAACACAAAGUCGAUUCAAACCGGAUAUCCUUAAAUAGAGAUCCUAGAUGACAGAGAUGCUAGGCUAACCUGUUAAUACAUUACAAAGACAGCGCAGGGUUUACCUACCUGACACAGACUUUCCUGUUCUGCUCAUGCAUUCCUGCCUUACAUGAUUGCAGUGGGUGUGGUCUGAGAGACUUUGGCUGCUGGCAGUCAAGAAAAUAUAUGAAUUUAAUUGUUGUAGAUUAUUCAAGAAGCAUCAGGACGGUAUAAUAAAUGUAGCACAUGUAUUGAAGUAACCCUUGGUAUCGAACACGUUGUUCAGUUUGGGAAACAGAUAACUGUUAAGGUCAAACGGUCAUUGAAUUAUCCUGUUUUUUUUUCUCCUCUCUCCCUCCUGCUCACAAAACCUUGCCAACACAAUGUUGCUUUUGACUUAAAUGUCUGAAAAAAUGUUUACAACAUACACUGAUACUAUUUAAUCUUAAGGUAUUCACAUGUCUUAUUAGAAAUAAUAAAACUGAAUGAAGACUAGUUUAUCAAGAAAUAACUUCUCUGCUGUGGUGAAGACAUGCACUGGGAGAGUACAGUAUGCUGUGUACAGUAUUUAACAAUUCCAUUUGUUGUUAUGAAUAGUUGAUAAGUAUAUAGUCUUUAAAAAGAAAGCAAAAAUAAAAUGACUUAUUUAUGA